GGGCUGGUACCCCUCCGACCCCAGCCCCAGACGGCAGCGUGCUCCUGCACUGGAGCUCGGGGAAGGCGCUCGUGGGACCAAGUCCUGCCCCCUUUACCCAGCAAUGGGGCUCGUCUUUCUGACGGGGCGAUGGCUUGGGCAAGGACGGGGGGCGACCCGGGAGAACGCCCGAAGGUCAUGGUCACCUUUCGGAGGCAGAGAUGGCCGCCUCCUCCCCCCACGCUGCGCACGGAGGCUGGGGGUGGGGACCCGGGGAGAAAUACUCCGUAUUAUGUCUCCUCUCAUCUCCGUGGGAACCCAAGGCUACGGAAGGUGGGGGAGGGGUGGUGGCCCAGGAAAGAAGUCCUUUCUAAUGGCGACCGUCGUCAGCCCGGAACCAACCCUGUCACCCCAUCCCCCAACUCGUGCUUAUGUAUGGGAUGCAGGGGGUCCUGCCGUCUUUCCCCGGGCUCUCACCCCUUCCUGCCCGGAUCACGCGCAGGAGGUGGGGGAGGACUGUUAACCAGGCAGAGAGGACCUUGCCACCUUCGCCCAGCAACCAGCCCUGAACCCUCCCACCUCCUCCGGUCACCCCCACCCCCACCUGAGGAUGUGCCUGAGGCUGGGAGGGGGAGGGGUCUGGCCACCUUUCCCCGGGCUCUCACCCCUUCCUGUCCCCGUUGGGACUCGGGGCUGUGCACUGGGGGUGGGGGAAGGGCUGUUGCCCAGGGAAAGAGGUCCCUGCCACCUUCCCCCAGCAACAAGGCCGGUUCCCUCCCCGCCUCCUCCCGCGCCCCCCUGCCGGGGGACCUGUGGCUGUGCCCAGGAGUGUGGAGGCGGGGCCUGGAGAGCGGCUGGCCAAUGAGAGCCGGCCCUAGCGGUGGCCCGAUCGCUGCUCCGCCGUCUCUUUGGCCAGCGCGGGCGCGGGGCGGGGCUUCUCGGCAGCCUCGGGUCCGCGCUGGCUCCGUCUCCGGGAGCCGGGGGCAGACUUUGCCGCAGCCCUGUUCCCCUGAAUCCCUUGCUCAGUUGCUUCUCCUUUAGCUCCUCAGACUUUCCCUUCGAAAAAAGAAUAUUCCUACUCAGCAGCAGGGCAGAAAAGGCCCUGGAAUGUGAUGUGGCCUGGAAAGUGCCCCCUCCCCCAGAAAAGGCCCAAAAGAGAACGCUGGUGGUCAAAUCAGCCAGGCCUGGGCAAUAAUGGCCUGCUGGAUAAAGAGAAGACUCGGGCUAUUGGCAUCGGGGGCACUUAGAACUUCGGUGCGUAGGGUUAGGGGGUGCGCUUCAGGAGGUGACCUCAAUGGGAUGGGGUGGGCUGUGACCACCACACAUGUACCCCCAAAGAUUUCACUCUGGCAUGAAGGUAUUUUGUCCUCCAGCUGCGGGCACAUGGAUGUAUUUUCAGGUGCCAGUUUUCCAAGGGCAUGACAAUAGCCUUGUCCAUCUAACUCCUUGACCCCCAAAUCUUCCACUUUCUCAGGAUCACAAAGUACUUUUCUUUACAACUGGGUGAGGUGGACUGUUAUUUUUAUCUCAGUCACCCUUGAGCUCAGGACACACCAAAACACACUUGGGUCUCUCACAUUAUAAACAUUUAUUUAUAGAUGUACAAUUUCAUAAUUCUAAUUCAGCCUCUGUGGUUAUCCUUCAGGAGCUAUGCUUUAUUGCACCGAGCAUCUACCAUCCAUGGAGAGUGACUCAGAAAUCACUAGGUGAGAGGUGGAGGGGCUGUGUCACUAGGUAAGUGGGUACAUUCUGCAGACCUGAGGCUGCUCUUGAGUUUCCUUCCACUGAGAUCUCUCCAGGUGGAGGGUGGUGAGUGCAGAGUCUUCAGUUUAGAACCGCUGGUAUAUCUCCCUCUGGACCCCCUCCUUACCCCCUAUUUUUUUAAGUUAAGAAAAAAAGGCCAAACAAACUCAAGGAGAGGAUCGGCAGAGAAGUAAGGCUUAGGAGUAACUUGGGCUUAGUGACACUUUGCCAAAGGAAGAUUCAAUUCCAGGGCAACACGGCUGAUUUCAAAAGGCUGGGUAUAAACUUUGGGAAUAAAUAAAAUCUCCCUCCCUCCCCAUGGCAGCAACAGCUGUUUUGAGAAAAAUCCUCCUUCAUAAAGUGAAGAUAAGAAAACCAUUCUGAUUCAGUAGAAUCUCUUUAGUCCGUAGCAGAAGGAAGAAAAGACCCAGUGGGUCAGACAUCCUGGGUGAGGUCGGUCUGCUUGGAGGCUGUCCCGGGCGGCUCGGUCGGGAGAGGAUGGCCGUUCUGCCCAGGCCCCUCGGGCGCAGGCAUCCCCAGGCCAAGGCUGCCCAGGAACUGUGCUGAGGGCACCUCUGAGGCGGCAGCCCACUCAGCCACUGAGAGGUGCGGCAGGAGGAAGAGGAGGCGAGGGACAGCCCAGCUUCCCUCUGGGUAAGUGCAUUCCAAACUUGGCCAGGUUUCCCUACCGGGCUCCAGUUAGUACAGUCGCCCCUGGACAGGGUUGCCCGACUGCGCUUCUGUGGUGCAAAGCUACAUUGGGAAGGGGGACCCCUGAGGUGCAGUGUGGGGGUUAAGUUCAAGAUUGGGGCAGGGACACUGAUUGCCCAUCAUCCUAGCGGGCUUGACGGGUCUCCAUCAAUUUAAAUACUGAUGAGCUCUGGAUGGGGAGCCAGAUCUUCGGGAGGAAGUGAGGCUCACAGCAGACCUGGUAAAUGGACCGUUUUUCUCCCUUUCCUUCCAGCACAGUCUGAAGCCCUGCAGCCUCAAACCAAGGGUUCUAGAGACUUUGAUUCAGUCACGAUUAUCUCUGCCCUUAGAAAUCACCAACCAGAAACGAAACCCAAAGCCUGCGUCCAGGGAUCCAAUCACUGGAAAGCAAGCGAUCAGAAGCUCCCUGGCUGUCAGCUAUGGUAAAUCUCUAGAAGUCGGAGAACCGGCAGAUUCCCAAGAGAUCUGUCUCUACAAUGGAAGAGCAAUCAGCCAAAUAACUUAACCCGAUCCCUGCAUAGUUAUAGGUCUCUACAUCCGUGCCUAGCUAUGGGGAUCCGGCUAGGCAGCAUACACACACAUACACGCGCGCACACACACAACUAUAAAUUAAAUCCUAUAUAUUUUCCCA